UUAUUCUUCGGCAAUUUUAUAAACAAAAGGACGAAAUUCUUAUUUAAUUUCAUAUAUUGUUAUUGGGAAUAUUUAUUAUUUUGAAAGAAAUUAUCGCUUUAAAAAUUGUUUGACAAAAUGAGUGAAAUAACACAUGAAAAUAUGCAAUCAUUCUGUCGGACGUGCCUUGAUGAACUGGGAGACAAGUCUUCGCUAUUGGGUGAAAAAUAUAGCAUUUAUGAGAAUGAAGAUAUUGAAAAACUUGUACUAUCGUGCAAUUCAACGCCACCAGAAGACUUUGACGAUCUACCGCAGUUCAUAUGCUAUAAAUGUCAUAAAAAAUUACAGUCCUUUAAUGAUUUCCGUGAUAAAAUUAUUCAGUCACAUCUCGUUUUAAACAAUAUUCUAAAAGAGCAUAGAGAUUCGAGUAGAACUUUCGAAGAUGAAAGGUUGUUGGACAGUGGUCAAGGUAGUGAAGACCAACAAGAUAAUAGUGUGGGAAUCUCUGAUAUUGAAGUUCUUCAUGGAUAUAUAUACUCAACAAGAAGUCGUGAAAAGCUUCAAAAUUGUAUAGAAAAUACGGUAGUAAAAAUUCUUCAAGACCCUGGCGGUACACACAGUGCUAUGAAUAAAGAUUUUAAAGAGGAAAUAUUUGAUGAAGUUGUUGAAGAAAUAGAGAUAGAUAUAAGUGAUAUUAAAGGAGACCAAAAGACUACAUCAGACGAUGAAGAUACAUUGGAUGAUUUAAAAUUUUCGAGAGCAACAAACGUGGAACAAAAUGAUCAAAGAUUUCAAUAUAUAGAUACUUCUAUUCAAACUACAGAUGCGCAACACAAUGAAUACGAAGACGAUUGUGGCAAACCAGGUAGUGGAAAUGGUGAAUAUUCCCCAAGUUUAUCAACAACAACAGGGGACACCAACAAAACCAGAAUUAUAAAGCAUAAAAUAUUUCCUCAUAAUAAAACGAAGAAACCUGCAAAAAGCGGAGAUAGUUCCUUAAGAAUGCCACCCGCUAAAAAAAGUAGAAACAAUUUUUCUGAAGUGAAAUUUCAAUGUGAGCAAUGUCCUCGACGUUGUGUAACUUGGGAAAAUUAUGAAGCCCACUUACGUACCCAUCAAGGCCUGAAGCCAUAUGUGUGCAAUGAAUGCAAUCGCAGCUUUAAUAGAGCAGCUCAUUUCCGUGCCCAUGUACGUGAAGAUCACGGACCUGUGACACUGCAAUAUAUCUGCUCGUUUGCGGGUUGCGGCAAAAUAUUCAAGCGCGAGAAUACUUAUAAAAACCACUACCGUCUUAAACAUACAGCAAUUCCUUAUGAAAGUCGUGAACCUAAAAGAUAUGUCUGUGAGGAUUGUGGAAGAACAUUUAGAAAUGUAACCACACUCAAAGAGCAUCGCUAUAAACACGCACCUGAAGAAGAUUACCCUUUUAAAUGUGAAGAAUGUGGCAAAAGAUAUCGUUCUAAACGAACUUAUAAGGAUCAUCAAUUGCGACAUUCCGGCAUUAAAAAUUAUAUUUGUACUUAUUGUGGCAUGAAAAAAACUACACAAAAUGAACUACGCGCACACAUUAAUUACCACACAAAAGAGAAACAAUGGCCCUGUCCAAAAUGCCCAAGUGUCUUCAACAGUUCUGGGAAUCUUGGAAUGCAUGAUCGUAUUGUACAUAAGGGAAUCCGACCCUUUACUUGCAGAUUCUGUGAUCUCAGUUUUGGCAAACAAGAUACUUUGAAACACCACGAAAUGAGGCACACUGGUGAAAAACCUCAUGGUUGCGUAUUAUGUGGCAAACGUUUUAUACAGAUUGUAGCACUUCGAGCGCACAUGAAAACCCAUAAAAAGGGAUCGACACUGAAAGCUAUAAUUCCCUCGGUCACAGAACAACCUUUUGAAACAAUAGUGGAGUCAGCAAAAGAAGAGACGGAUUUAGAAUUACCAAGCUGCUCGAAAGGUGUUAGUAGUUUUUAAUAUAUUGUUAUGAAUAUUAUAAUUUUUUACAUCUUUGUAAAUAAAUUGAAAAUAAUUAUUUAAAUAAAA